AGCUGAACCAGAGGCCUAUUUAAUGGGAGUCACCCGCUCUGCCCUGUCCAACCCUCACUGCCUUCCCCGGGGACUAUGAGCAAAGUCCAUCUGCCCUCAAGUCUCUUUCAGCCUGCCGGACUAUCCCAUAAUGAAUCUUGGAUCAGCUUCCCAAUUCAUUGUGGAUUUCCCUGCUCCUGUGAAUCACACUCAAGCCCAUGAACUUGGCCCAGUAGAUUCAAAAGGCAACGAGAGAUCACAGGACACUAUAGGGCCAGGGCCUUCCAAAACAGAUGGAGCAAACCCCUGCAUGGUCCGGAGGGGCCUCUGGCUCCUUGCAAUCUUUGGGUUGCUGGUCGGAAUAACUGUUGGGGUAUGGUUUCUAGUGAAACAACUGCUGAGGCCCCCUCCCCUGCCAGAAACACCCCCCUGCCAGGACACGGAGGCACUUCUAACCAGGUGCAGAGAUGUUAUGGAAGAGGAAGAGGAGGAAGAACAAGGAGCCCCUUUGGGCUUGCCUGGUGGCAAGAAAGUAUUUUUCAGAGUAAACAGAGAUACUUUCCUAUUAGAAGUGCAGGCAGGGAGCCCACCCAGCUGGCUUCCGGUAUGUCAUGACAGCUGGGACAUCGCAUUGGGGAUGUGGAUCUGCAGGCAGCUGGGUCAUGUACGACUCACCCACCACAAAGGUGUGAACCUGACAGAUGUGGAGGUGGACAGUGCGCAGGCCUUUGUCCAGCUUGUGCCCAACUGGAAAGGAAAUGUGGAGGAGAGAAUACAAAUCAGGCACAGAUGCCCUUCAGGACGAAUUGUGGCCCUGAAAUGUUUGGAGUGCGGCACCCUCUCCAAGGAACACGGUGGCUCCCCUAUGGGCUACUGGCCGUGGCAAGUCAGUCUCCACCUCAGCUCCAAACACACCUGUGCCGGCUCAGUGCUGUCCCACCAAUGGAUUGUGACUGCUGCCCACUGCAUGCGCAAGCAAGCCAACGGUGGUGUGACUGUGACUCGCACUGAGGUCCAGGAAGAGGUGGCCCCUGCUGUGGAGAAGAUCCUCGUCCACCCGCACUACGGUGCCCAGAGCCGGGACUAUGACAUUGCAAUGCUGAAGCUGAAGGAGCCCUUGACUUUCUCAGAGAUGACCCAGGCAAUUUGCUUGCCCAGGUACCAUCAAACCACCCCCAGUGGCAGCAAGUGCUGGAUUCCAAGAUGGGACUUCGAAGGGCAAGAGAGUGCCGAAGCAGCUGAGGUGCCGAAAGGAGUGCCAGCAACUUUGAUUGGUAUGCAGCAAUGCAAUGGCUCAUGCGGGCACGCAGGUGAGCUCACUGCCCGGAUGCUGUGCGCUGACUACCUGGACUCAAGCAGCGAUGCCUGCCAGAGCCGCUCUGCCCUCUUGCAUUCAGAAGUCAAGCUAAAGGAUGCUUAACUAGGACAGGCUAGAUGUGCUUCAGAAGAAGAAGAGCCUUGAAUAGCCUUGCCCGAUGUUGUGAAUAUGAACACCUAUUAAUUAAUUAUCAAAAAACCAAGUCAUGACCUUUGAUAAGCGCCUGAAAAUUAGGAUCCUGAACAUAAAUGGCCACAGGUUGGAGCAAGUGAGUAGUUUUAGUACGUGGCGGUGCUUCUAUAGCAGUGAUGGCGAACCUAUGGCACGGGUGCCAGAGGUGGCACUCGGAGCCCU